AUGGGCUCCCGCGCCUUCGCCGAGCGCCUGCUGCGCCCGAGCACCUUCACCCGCAUCGCCCCGUCGUCGACCGCCCACCGCUGCCUCUCUACCACCAUCCCUAGGCCCGCCGCCCGGCCAGCACGGCCAGAGGCGCCCGGGUCUGCCACCACGCCCCAAGUCGCCGCCGCCGCCGCCCCCCAGCGCCCAGCCAGCACCAGCACCAGCACCAGCACCAGCCACGCCGCCUCGCAGGCCAUCGACGACCUCUUCGCCGGCCCCCCCUCGUCGUCGUCCGCGCGAGGAGCAGCCGCCGCCGCCUCAGACCUCGCCGCGCCCACCGCCCGCUACGACCACGUCUUCGGCGCCGAGUUCAGCAAGCCCUCGCGCGGGCGCAUGGCACGCACCCAGAAGCUGACCUUUGGCGACAUGAUCAUGCCCGAGGACGUGGCCAACCCCUCGCUGGCCAACAAGCCCUCGCCCUCCUCGCUGGCCGCCCAGCAGACGGCCACGUUCGAAAACUACCCGCGCCUGAACCCCACCUACGGCCGCGCCGUCGACCUCGACGCCACCCGCGGCCGCGACCUUGUGCGCGGCAUCGGCAUGCUCGGCAGCCUGCUGGCCCGCAACAAGGUCAAGAACGACUUCAACAAGCAGCGCUUCCACGAGCGAGGCGGCCUGAAGCGGAAGCGCCUGAACAGCGAGCGCUGGAGGGCCAGGUUCCAGCAGGGCUUCCGCGAUGUCACGGCGCGAGUCAUGGAGCUGACCGGCAAGGGUUGGUAG